GACCAUCACCAGUUUUUGCCCCCAUAGUGGGGCAGCAUUAAUCCUGGUGCGGGGAGAAGCCCCCGGGCACCAGUGGCAGCUUUGUGAAGAGUGGACACCAUGAACCAGCUGGACGCACCAAGACCGCUCAAUUGGACCAUCCGGAAACUGUGCCAUGCAGCCUUCCUGCCAUCUGUGCGCCUGUUAAAGGCGCAGAAAUCGUGGAUAGAAAGAGCAUUCAGCAAGAGAGAAUGUGUUCAUAUCAUAGUGAGCGCCAAAGACCCCCAUAGGUGCUGUUGUGGUCGUCUAAUAGGUCAGCAUGUGGGUUUGCCGCCUGGCAUCUCAUCCAGUCAGAAUGAUAAAGCAGAGCGUUUGGCCAAAAAUGACAGCCUGUCGGAGAAGUGGUCGAUCAGCAAACACACGCAGCUCAGCCCCACUGAUGCCUUUGGCACCAUUGAGUUCCAGGGAGGAGGACACUCCAACAAAGCCAUGUAUGUACGAGUGUCGUAUGACACCAAACCUGACCUGCUGCUUCACCUGAUGACCAAGGAGUGGCAGCUGGAUCUACCAAAGUUGCUCAUCUCAGUCCAUGGGGGUCUGCAGAACUUUGAGUUACAGCCCAAACUUAAGCAGGUCUUUGGCAAAGGGCUUAUCAAGGCUGCCAUGACGACAGGAGCCUGGAUAUUCACUGGAGGAGUUAACACAGGUGUGAUUCGCCAUGUUGGGGAUGCAUUGAAAGACCACGCCUCCAAAUCAAGAGGGAAGAUCUGCACUAUCGGUAUUGCUCCAUGGGGCAUCGUAGAAAACCAGGAGGAUCUUGUUGGCAAAGAUGUGGUGCGUCCUUACCAGACCAUGUCCAACCCUAUGAGCAAGCUGACGGUUCUUAACAGUCUCCACUCCCACUUCAUUCUGGCAGACAAUGGCACCACAGGAAAAUACGGUGCUGAAGUCAAACUGCGACGCCAGCUAGAGAAACACAUCUCCCUGCAGAAAAUCAACACACGUAUUGGUCAGGGCGUGCCGGUGGUGGCUCUUAUCGUAGAAGGAGGCCCUAAUGUGAUCUCCAUAGUGUUGGAGUACCUCAGGGACACCCCUCCGGUCCCUGUGGUGGUGUGUGAUGGCAGCGGAAGGGCUUCAGACAUCUUGGCGUUUGGGCAUAAAUACUCUGAGGAGGGAGGGAUAAUUAACGAGUCUCUAAGAGACCAGUUGCUGGUGACGAUUCAGAAGACUUUCACCUACAGCCGCACACAGGCCCAACAUCUGUUCAUCAUCCUCAUGGAGUGCAUGAAGAAGAAGGAACUGAUAACAGUUUUCCGCAUGGGCUCUGAGGGUCAUCAGGACAUUGACCUCGCCAUCCUUACUGCAUUACUCAAAGGGGCCAAUGCAUCAGCCCCAGACCAGCUGAGUUUGGCACUUGCUUGGAACAGAGUGGACAUCGCACGCAGUCAGAUCUUCAUCUAUGGACAGCAGUGGCCGGUUGGUUCCCUGGAGCAGGCGAUGCUGGAUGCCUUAGUUUUGGACAGAGUGGACUUUGUCAAACUGCUGAUUGAAAAUGGAGUCAGCAUGCACCGCUUCCUCACGCUUUCCAGACUGGAGGAGCUCUACAACACGCGACACGGACCAUCAAAUACACUGUCUCACCUUGUCAGAGAUGUCAAAAAGCGAGAGUAUCCAGGGUUCAGUUGGAUCUACUUCAAGGGAAACCUACCCCCGGACUACCGCAUCAGCCUCAUUGACAUUGGACUUGUUAUUGAAUACCUUAUGGGCGGGGCAUAUCGGUGUAACUACACUAGGAAGAGAUUCCGAACUCUAUACCAUAAUCUCUUUGGACCCAAGAGGCCCAAAGCUCUGAAACUGCUGGGGAUGGAGGAUGACAUGCCAAUCCGCAGGGGCCGCCAGAAGACGACGCGUAAACGAGAGGAAGAGGUGGACAUUGAUUUGGACGACCCAGAAAUCAACCACUUCCCUUUCCCCUUCCACGAGCUGAUGGUUUGGGCCGUGCUUAUGAAACGCCAGAAAAUGGCACUGUUCUUCUGGCAGCAUGGGGAGGAAGCCAUGGCCAAGGCCUUGGUGGCGUGUAAGCUCUGUAAGGCCAUGGCACAUGAAGCGUCCGAGAACGAUAUGGUGGAUGACAUCUCCCAGGAACUGAACCACAACUCCAGAGAGUUUGCCCAACUGGCAGUGGAACUUCUAGAUCAGUCCUAUAAACAGGAUGAACAGAUGGCCAUGAAGCUGCUGACAUAUGAGCUGAAAAACUGGAGCAACGCGACCUGCCUGCAGCUAGCAGUAGCGGCCAAACACCGAGAUUUCAUCGCUCACACCUGCAGUCAGAUGCUGCUGACUGACAUGUGGAUGGGACGCCUGCGCAUGCGCAAAAAUUCAGGCCUGAAGGUGAUCUUAGGCCUACUUUUGCCACCAUCCAUUCUGAGUCUGGAGUUCAAGAACAAGGAUGAGAUGUCCUACAUGCCCCAGGAUCAGGAAGCCUAUCUGCAAGAGAAGGAGGAGGAGGAGCCAGAGAAACCAGUGAAGGAAAAGGAGGAGGAGGACAUGGAGUUCACAGUAAGAUCUUACUGUGAGACGCAGUACAACUCCGUGGCAAUGCUGGGCAAGGUAACAACAGAGACAUCCAGGAAGAAGGAUGUUGAGGAAGUUCAGAACCGCCACCGCCUUAUCCCAAUGGGACGCAAGAUAUACGAGUUCUACAACGCUCCAAUUGUCAAGUUCUGGUUCCAUACGAUGGCAUAUGUGGGGUACCUGAUGUUGUUUAACUACAUUGUCCUUGUCAAGAUGGACCUGUGGCCUUCUCCUCAAGAAUGGAUCGUCAUUGCUUACAUUUUCACCAAUGGCAUUGAAAAGAUGAGAGAGAUACUGAUGUCAGAGCCAGGGAAGCUGCUACAGAAGGUGAAGGUGUGGCUUCAGGAGUACUGGAAUAUCACAGACCUCAUGGCCAUCCUCAUAUUCUCUGUUGGCAUGGUUCUGCGUCUCCAGGAGCCACCGCUCAUGAGCUAUGGGCGGGUCAUCUACUGUGUCAACAUCAUCUACUGGUACAUCCGGCUGCUUGAUAUCUUUGGAGUCAACAAGUACCUGGGUCCCUACGUGAUGAUGAUUGGCAAGAUGAUGAUCGACAUGAUGUACUUUGUGAUCAUCAUGUUGGUGGUGCUCAUGAGCUUCGGGGUGGCACGUCAGGCCAUCCUCCACCCCAAUGAAGACCCGUCCUGGAUGCUAGCUAGGAACAUCUUUUUUAUGCCUUACUGGAUGAUCUACGGAGAGGUGUUUGCUGACCAGAUCGACCCUCCCUGUGGACAGAACAUCACUACAGACGAAGGUGUGGUCGUGGCCCAGCCUCCAUGUAAGACUGGUGCUUGGAUCGUCCCAGCAAUCAUGGCUUGCUAUCUGCUGGUGGCCAACAUACUACUGGUUAACCUGCUCAUUGCUGUGUUCAAUAAUACAUUCUUCGAAGUCAAGUCCAUUUCCAACCAAGUGUGGAAGUUCCAGCGAUACCAGCUCAUUAUGACCUUCCACGAACGCCCGGUGCUUCCUCCACCUCUCAUCAUCUUCAGUCACAUAACUAUGGUCCUUAAGCAUCUGUGCUGCCGAUGGCGCAAACACGAUGAUGACGAGAGGGACUAUGGACUGAAGCUCUUCAUCACAGAGGAUGAGCUGAAGAAAGUCCAUGACUUUGAGGAGCAAUGCAUAGAAGAGUACUUCAGAGAGAAAGACGACAGAUUCCACUCUUCUAACGAUGAGAGGAUCAGAGUCACAUCUGAAAGGGUGGAAAACAUGGCAAUGCGUUUGGAAGAAGUCAAUGAACGGGAACACUUCAUGAAGGCAUCACUGCAAACUGUUGACAUCCGUCUGGCCCAAAUGGAGGAGCUAAUUGGGCGAAUUGCUGUAGCACUGGAGCGUGUGACAGGUGUUGAGCGUGUGGAGGUCAGCAAAGCACGUUCCCGGACUUCAUCUGACUGUACAGAUUCUGCAUACAUACUCCGCCAUGUUGAGUGCCCAGAGGCAGCUUACAUCCUCCGGCAAAGCAGCUUCAACAGCACAGAGGGGAAUGUUUACCGCCUGCAAGAGGCACUGGAGGGAACGGCCGAGGGCUCCAUGUCCCCUCCCUCUCCUACCGGCAUGCCUACACGGACGAGGAGUCACUCGUUUUACCUCGGAGGUGGCCGUGUCAGUGAACGUACGAGAGCAACUGAAGGAGCUGAAAGCUUCUUUAAAGAGCGCUCACUCAGCCUCCACCGAGCCAACAGCUCACAAUCUGUGUCCUCAACUGCCGCCCCCAAGGAGUCUAAGCCCCUCCCACUGGCGACACUGUCAGUUUCCCAGCAGCACCGUCCCUCAUCAUGCAUUGAUAUCUACGUCUCCACCUCUGAAGAGGUGGGGCCUGCGGAGGUGUUUCUUGAUCCUCUCCGCAUGGCCCCACCUCUACAGAGAGACUGCUCCCUGCAUUCAGACACCAUGGAGAUGGUGCUGCCGGAAGGCCGUGACUUCAACAACACUGCCACUAGCGGUUUGGGCGACAGGCACUCGGAGGGCGGAGCUGGCAGCAGCGUAACACCUGGAGCUAUGUUCGACGACAGCGCAGCGGCCGAUUUGUCGCUGUGCUCUGCCCACCUUUUACCAGACACCAUCUUACCUCCUUGGGAUAUGGAACCAUCUCCACCUCCCUCAGCAGGGCUGCUCGAACGUUCUAAGAGCAGUCGCUAUCUCUCUACAUCAGGCGCAGCCUUCCUGGAUGAUCCUCCUCUGGUCAAGUCUCACAGCCUAAUGUUCACACCGAAAGGUUGCUAUGGUGGACUGGGGGCAGGAGUGCAGGUAAAGGCUGCAGAGUACACCAGCAUCACCGACUGCAUCGAUACACGAUGUGUUUCCGCGCCAUACGCUCCUGCAGAAUGUUCCCACUCACCAGGAACUUCCUCCUCCUUCCCGUUCGAUAAGCCGUCAGACAUUAGUUCCUCUCACCCCGAGAGAGAGGCAGAGCUUAGUCACACGGAGUCUGAUCCAGAGGAUCCCGAGGACAUGAUUGCAGCCCCCGACACCCCCCGUCUCGGGGGCCUCGGUGGGCCCAGCGGAGCCCCUCUCUGCUCCCCCUUCACCAGGCUGGAGCGAGCAAACAGCUGCUCUUCAGAUGACUCCCAUCCUUCUCUCACUCUGGCCCCUCCACACCGGAAGAGCCUGUCAGUGAGUGAGAGGAUGGAGAGAGGACCGGGUUUGGGAGCAGACAGGGGGCCUGGGCUUGGGGGGCGUGGUCUGGCAGGACCCAGAAACCCCUUCCUUAGGAGCAAGUCUGGAGCCAGGCCUGAAACAGUCAAGAACGAAAGCCUCUCCAUAAGGAAGCUGGCUGCUCCGUCGGCUUUCCGCAGCUUUGACAGGCAAAACUACACGUGACGAGGACACGUAAGCGCACUCACGCUGUGAGCGCCAGCGUGGAACACUGAAAGGGUAAAAAAUGAAAGCGGGGUUGAGCUGCCUGUAGAUGCUGCUCUGGACCAGAUCUCCACUUUUUUACUUAUGUUUUAAGCUAGAGAAGUUAAUUCAUAGUGAGUUCAUAGUCAGUACUGAAGGGCAGCUUUACCCUGAGCCAUGAGUGGGUGAAAAAAGAGACAAAGUAUUCAGAAGGUCCUGUGUACAUCAGUCCAAGCAAAGAGCUAUGACUCUAGAGUAGUUUAUACCUCUUAUAGCUAAGUAACGUUUAUUUGGGUUUUAUGGCAAGGGAAGGUGUAUUUGUAACGUAUGUCUUCCACCAAUUACAUUACUUCAAGUAAACAUUUGUCACUGUGUUGCAUACAUUACAUAUCAGUCAUGAUAGUCAGACAAAGUACACUGCUGAUUAGCUGUAUUAGAUCAUAGGCACUGUCAAGUCUGAGGGGACAAAGAAGGUAUAGGAAGAAGAGAAAAUAGUAGCCUCAUUUUACCUUUUUGUCUUAGUAUUAUCAUGGCAAAGGUUUUGCUUUAAAAGCAUCUUCUCCCCAUCUUAUCAUUUUAAUUUAAUGUCUGAGACCCCGGCACAAGCAGCUAGAACAAAAGAAGCUGUCUUUUCUGGCUGGGUCAUGUAAUUGUUACGUUUUUAGACUUUGAUGCCCAUCAGACAAUCAUUUAUAUUUUCAUUUAUUAGUACACUUUUUUAUUGCGAUUAUUUUAUACUUUUUUUCAGGAGAAUUUGACAUUGUUUUGUUCACAUUUAAUGCUGAAGAGGAAAUGCCUAACCUAACGUACUAAUUUUGGCCCUUGAAACAAAUUAAAUUUAAAUAAAAAAAAAAAAAGAAAAAUCAUCUUAAAAUAGAAAGCUUUGUUUGAGCACGCUUAAGCGAAGAAGUAAUUUCUCUAGCGUCCCGUUACUUUUCCUGGAUGAAGAACUCGCCU